UCAGUGAUUGAAGAGAGAGCAGAGCGGCGGUAGCGACGACGGCCAUCUUAGAGCUACCGUGGUAACCAACACUCAUCUCCUGGAUUUUAAUUUUCCUGUUCCGUAUAAACGCUCCGGCCUGACUGACGAGGACCGAAGAAGGCUGUGCUUGACUUCCCCGCGGCUGAACUCAAAGUCAGGAUGCGGUUCCGAGGGAAUAAACAAUUUGCAUCCGCGGUCGGACUGGUCCUCGGACUAUUAUGCGCGGUGGAGGCAGCUAAAGUCAAUAAGCACAAGCCGUGGAUCGAGACGACGUACCAUGGGAUUGUGACGGAGAACGAUGACAAGGUUAUUCUGGACCCGCCUCUAAUUGCGCUGGACAAAGACGCUCCUUUACGCUACGCAGAGAGUUUUGAGGUGACCCUCACCGAAGAAGGUGAGAUUUGCGGCUUCAGGAUCCACGGGCAGAAUGUCCCCUUCGAGGCUGUGGUCCUGGACAAGUCCACUGGCGAGGGGGUCAUCAGGGCCAAGGAGAAGCUCGACUGUGAGCUGCAGAAGGAGCACACCUUCACCAUCCAGGCCUACGACUGUGGAGAGGGUCCUGAUGGCGCCAACAUGAAGAAAUCACACAAGGCGACCGUCCACAUCCAGGUGAACGACAUCAACGAGUAUUCCCCAGUGUUCAAGGAGAAGACGUACAAAGCCACCGUCAUCGAGGGGAAGAAAUACGACAACAUCCUGAAGGUGGAGGCGGUGGACGCCGACUGCUCCUUCCAGUUCAGCCAGAUCUGCAGCUAUGAGAUUGUGACGCCCGACGUUCCCUUCACCAUCGACAAAGACGGCUUUAUUAAGAACACUGAGAAGCUGAGCUACGGCAAAGAGCACAUGUACAAGUUGACCGUGACCGCCUACGACUGCGGGAAGAACCGAGCUUCUGAAGACGUGUUGGUCAAAAUCAGCAUAAAGCCCACCUGCAGACCCAGCUGGCAAGGCUUCAAUAAGAGGACUGAGUACGAACCGGGCACCGGUAGCCUGGCUCUUUUCCCCAGCAUGCACCUGGAGACCUGCGAUGUGCCCAUCACCUCCGUCCGGGCCAGCAUUGAGCUGGAAACCAACCACAUUGGAAAGGGCUGUGACCGUGACACGUACUCUGAGAAGUCACUGCACAAGCUGUGUGGAGCCAGCUCCGGCACCGUGGAGCUCCUUCCUGCUCCGAGCAGCUCCACCAACUGGACGGUGGGACUGCCCACUGAUAAUGGACACGACAGCGACCAGGUGUUUGAGUUCAACGGCACCCAGGCCAUCAAGGUGCCCGAUGGUUUGGUGAACGCCAACCUGAAGGAGCCCUUCACCAUCUCUGUGUGGAUGAGGCACGGACCCGGCUCCCACGAAAAGGAGACGAUCCUCUGCAACUCGGACAAAACAGAUAUGAACAGACACCACUACUCCCUCUACGUUCACAACUGCAGGCUGAUCCUUCUCCUCCGCCAGGAUCCGUCCGAGGCGGAGAACUACAAACCAGCAGAGUUCCACUGGAAACUCGACCAGGUGUGUGACAAAGAGUGGCAUCAUUAUGUGCUCAACGUGGAGUUCCCCACCGUUUCUCUGUUUGUGGACGGGACGGCCUUCGAGCCCUUCAUGGUCACAGAGGACUACCCACUGCACCCCUCUAAGAUCGAGACUCAGCUCACAGUUGGCGCCUGCUGGCAAGAAAACUCGGGACAUGACAAUGACACUGAGGCGGGCCCUGAGACCACCUCAGGCGGGAACGCCCGAAUGGCUCAGUUUUUCCGAGGAAACCUUGCAGGCCUGAUCAUCCGCUCCGGCAAGCUGGAGAACAAGAAGGUGAUCGACUGUUUGUACACCUGCAAAGAAGGCCUGGAUGUGCAGCUGCCUGAGGAAGUGGCUUCAGCGGUGAAGGUUGAUUUCAACCCCAACCAGUCCUCUCUGACAGUGGAAGGAGACGACAUUGGCGCCUUUGACAAAGUCAUGCAGCACAUCUCCUACUUAAACUCCCGCCAGUUCCCAACCCCAGGCAUUAGACACCUCCGCAUCACCACCACUGUCAAGUGUUUGAACGAGGACACCUGCGUGGCGGUGCCGGACGCUGAAGGCUACGUGAUGGUGCUGCAGCCCGAGGAACCGAAGAUCAGCCUGAGCGGCAUCGACCACUUCGCCCGCAGCGCCGCUGAAUUCGAGAGCCAGGAAGGCGUGACUCUGUUCCCCGAGCUUCGCAUCGUCAGCACCAUCACCCGGGAAAUGGAGGCCGACGCAGAGUCUGAAGCAGCAGAAGGCACCGACGACGACCCCACAGUUCAAGAGACAGUUGUGUCAGAGGAGAUCAUGCACAACUUGGACUCGUGUGAAGUGUCUGUGGUGGGAGAAGAACUGGACGGCGAGCAUGAGAGCCUGGAGGUGGACGUUUCUCAGCUGCAACAGCGCGCCCUGGAGAUGAGCUCGUCUAACCUGGGCCUCGUCAUAACUGGUGUGAACACCAUGGCCAACUAUGAACAGGUCCUUCACCUCAUCCGCUACAAGAACUGGCACACCGAAGCGCUCUUUGACCGGAAAUUCAAGCUGGUCUGCUCUGAACUCAACGGUCGCUACAUCAGCAACGACUUCAAGGUUGAGGUUAAUGUGAUCCACACGUCCAAUCCUGUAGAGCACGCCAACAACGCCAUGGUGCAGCCCAACUUCAUCAAUCCUGUCCAUCACGCCUCUGUCGAUCUGUCUGGUCACAACCUGGUCAACGCUCACCAGGCUUCGGUGGUCCCCAGCGCCGCCACCAUUGUCAUCGUGGUGUGUGUGAGCUUCCUGGUGUUCAUGAUAAUCCUGGGCGUGUUCCGCAUCCGAGCUGCACACCAACGCUCCAUGAGAGACCAGGAGAGCGGCAAGGAGAACGAGAUGGACUGGGACGACUCGGCCCUCACCAUCACAGUUAACCCCAUGGAGACGUACGAGGACCAGCACAGCAGCGAGGAGGAGGAGGAAGAGGAGGAGGAGAGCGAGGACGGGGAGGAGGAAGACGACAUCACGAGCGCUGAGUCAGAGAGCAGCGAGGACGAGGAGGGCGGCGAGCCAGAAGACCAGCAGGGGACCAGCAGACAGCAGCAGCUGGAGUGGGACGACUCCACCCUCACCUACUGAGACACACCGAGCCCCCCCACACAUGCUCUGACACACACACACACACACGCAACCAAGCCACAGUCACCGCUUUACGCACCCCUCCAUGCAGUUUCAUGUCUAGGAGCCAUGAUAUAUAUAUAUACAUAUAUAUAUAUAUAUAUAUAAAAACAAAAACAAAAAAAAAACGAAGAAUAAAUAAAGUAUAGAAGAGUCCUUCAGCGUAUACGGUCAAGGCUUUCCUGUUGUUAUCUUCGUGGUGGUACUCAGUGUAGUGUAGUCAUCACCGGAUUGCUGAUUUUUACUUUGUUUUUUAUUUAUUAUACUUUUUAAUUCCCUGGAAAACUUGGCCUACAUUUCUUCUGGAGUGUGCGAGGAAGCCAGCCCUGCACUUUCUGUUCUCAGUCAGGCUUUUGCGCAGAGAUUCGUUUAGAUUUCCCGAUGUAUAUCCUUUGGCUUAAUGCUUUUAGGGUCGCUUGCCAUGACUUCGGUUUUCUUGAUUGUAGUCCACAGUGAAGCAGUUUUAUCGAAGUAGCCUGCAAUCUCUCUCUCUCCUUCUCUCUCUCUUUUUUUAUUUUAGUUUUCUUGUUUUAGUGCAUGAGGAAAACUUGGGAAGUCUUAUGUGUAGAGAAAUGAAUUGCUUUUUAAAGAUUUUUUUUGUAAAUAUGAAAACAACAAUGUAAUUAGUCAAUGUGUUUAGUGACAGCCCGCUCAGCAGGGCUCGAUAUCUUUAAAAAACAAACAAACAAAAAAAAAAACCACGCCAUACGUAACGUAGAAUAUUUGUGUCACCGCAGGCCGUAGCAUGUCGCUGAAUUUCCGCUGAAGCUGUUCCAUCGCGCUUUCCCCAAACGUCUGCCUCGUGAUGAGAAACCCAGGACUGUUACGCGGAGGUUUCCAUGACAAAGUGGUGUCCGUUUUUUUUUUCCUUCCUUUUUUGACAUUUUCUCUCGAUCGUUUUCCGCAACAAGUGAAAUCGGUCCCAGUGCUUUUCUUGUGAGCAAGGAUGAUUCGACAGGUUUUCGCUCCGUUUACUGUCGAGGACCAAAAGCGCCGCAAUCUGAAAAAUAAGUCAUUUCUCAAAUCUUUUUACGCAGUACUGACUUGAUAAGCAAAAAUUUGGAUUGAUAUACAAAGAGAAAUAUCAAUAAAUUACUGAUAACAGAAUUAAAUGUGUAAAUUAUUGAUUUAAAAUUCAUUACAUAUUAAAAUCAGACAAGAAUUUUAUAAUUUCAUUCAAUUGUUUCAGAUUUUCUGCCAUCAUGAAUUAACUUAGUGUUGUAAAAGACGUUUUCAACCUGUUCUCCUGCUCCGACACGUGUCACGGAUUUUGCUCUAUUUCAGCAGGAAAACACUUUAUAAAUAACUUCGUUUUUUUCUCACAGCAGACCACUAGACUUUAUCGUUCAUGGAACCACGCUGGUAGAGUUGUUCCUACACAUUUGUUUACAUUUGGUAAACUUAAUUUUCCUGCUGGAGUUUAGUGUAGAAGCUCGUACGAUCAAUUGGGAAAAUGUGACCAGCCUGUCUCCUCUCAGACACUGUUGUCCGUCACUGUUGUGUACAUACAUAUAUAUAUAAAUAUAUUUGUCUUACAAAACCAGAAGAUGACGAUCCUUUGCGCUUUACUCUAGUUGUGAGGGUCCUAAAAGCUGCAUUAAUUACUACCAGAUUUGGGGCAUUGCAUGGCGCAGAAGCGGCGUUUACAAAAAGCAUUAGUGGCUGGAUUUUGGUUAUUUUUCUUUUUGUUCUUUUUUUUUUUUUUUUUGCAUGAGUGUUUUCAGAGGCCAAAUCUGAUUUUCUUUAUGGGGACUUUCUUUUAAAGAGUUGAUUUUUAUUUUUUUCUAAUCUCCAGUUAAUUGCUUAACGACCAGUCUCCCUUCCGCGACGACACGUAAAGCAUGGGCCAGGUCUGAGCCAGCUGAGGUGGGGAGUGCCUUUUCGCCAAUCGUUGCAAAAUUAGCAGGUCUAACAGAAAAAAAAAAACAAACAUUUAUCCACGCUCUUUUAUUUGUGGCAUUUUUUUAAUUAUUAUUAUUAUUGUUUGAUGCUAGAUUUCUUACAAAGCUGAGAUGUUUUGUUUUUUUUGUUUCCAGCUUGUAGUGAUUGUAGUUCACCGCUAGAUUUAUUGAAACUACAAACAUUCUACAUUAGAUGUCAUGUGUCCUUGUUGAUGUGUAGAGAAAGUAGAUCCAUAUUGUAUCUUCUAUAGAUAUUGUACUGAAUCCACCUUUAAAUGAUGUACAGUACAUGAAGAAAUCGCUUUGGCAGCAUAAUGUGGGCGUACUAAUAAAUUUUGCUGUCUGUGUACAGUGGAAGGUGA